AUGGCGAUACAGGUGGUUCCUGAAAAAAAGGAAGCAAUCAACACCCCUCUGUUGGAUUAUAUUAAACACAGAAGAGCAGAGAAACAGAAAGCCAGAGAGGAGAAGCGGGAGGAGAAAAGAAAGAGGGAUUUAGAUAGAAAAAAAGCCAAAGAGGAGCAAAGGCGGAUAAAGAAAGAAGAGGACUCUUCUGUAGUAAAGGUUUUGAACAGUCAGAAUACUAAUAAAGAAAAACCCAAGGAUAAAGAAGUGAAGAACUACGUAAAAAAGAAGCCAGAUGAAGAGAAACUCUCUGGGAAAGAAAAAUCUUCAGCUGAGUCCAGGUCUAAAGAGAGCAAAGUGAGGACUGGGAAGAGCUACCAAGAGGAGCGACAACGCCAGGCGGAGCGCAGAGAGGAACAGCGCAGGAAGUUGUCGCAGAGCCAGAGUAGUAGUUCGGUCCCAGAGGCAAAAUCUUUGACUACUACUGAGGAUAAGACUACUGCUGGUGGAGAAGAGAAACCAUCAGAGGAAAAGACUGUUGCUUCUGAAUCAAAAGGAAAAGAAUACAGAAAACCAGAAAGGGCGUUCAAACGGGAGGAAGUUAGGAAAAAUUCAUACAAGUAUGAAAAAUAUGACAGUAAACGUGAUAGAGACAUUGAUGAAACAAGAAGACCAAGGAGGACUACCAGUGAGAGAAGUUACCAGAACAAUAGAAGGGAUGAUGAAAGAUCGGAAGAUGGGGGUAGAAAGAGAUACUCUGAAUCGAGAAGAAACCAUGAUUCAGCUCAACGUGAUAGAUAUAAAGAUAAAAAUAAAGCAUACAGCCAAAAGAAAUCUUAUGGAUCGACCACAGAAAUCGAUAAAAGUAAAAAUUCCGCAGAAAGUACAACCAAAACAUCUGGUAGCAGUGAUACUGUCAAUGAAAGUACUGGAAAAUCGGCUUCAGAUGCAAAGGAAGAAAUAGAGUCAGUAGAAAAUGAUUUAAAAAUGGAAGCACAGUCUGUUAGUUCUAAUAAAGAAGCAAGUAGAGAAACUGAAACAAAAGAUUUGGGAGCAAAACGAAAAGUUUUUGAAUUAAAAGACAAAACCAAACCAACAAGAAGAAAAUCAUUGGAUUAUGAUAAAAGUAAGUCUUCUUCCAACUACAGCUCUAAUAAAGGUUAUAGCAGGGAGAAAUGUCCUGAAAGAAAGAGGCGGAAUUCUGUUGGAUCCAGUAAACAAAAUCAAGAUAGUUCAGAUGAGUCUAAAGGAUUUUUAACGAAAGAAGAAACAUCUAGAGAGGCAGAACCAAAAGAAGGCUCUCCAACGGAUCACGAAAAUGAAAUAUCCAAAAGUGAAGAAAUUAUUCCAAAAGAAAACACAGACAUGGAAUUCGAUGAAAAAGAUAGAAAUAUUCCAAAGAGAAGGAAUUCAACAGGAGAUAGACAAGGCACUGAAAAAACAGUCCCCAAGGCGAAAUUCGUUGGGGAUCGACCGAGCAUAGAGAUCUACCGUCCAGGGAUGGGAAGGUUCAGUAAACAGCGUUUGGAGAGAGAAAAGGGUCUCGGCAGCAGCACCGAAGUGGACUCCCCGUCCUCCAGCCCUUCCCCUACGCCCGUUCUCAAACACAAGCUUGUUCCCCACUAA